AUGUUGGCAUUUCCUGUGCUCUUCCUCGCACUCUGGCUUCAGUCUUGCUGGGCCCAAAAUUCGUGCCCAGCUGUGACCCAGCAUUUGACUGAUCCACCGUAUGACAACUACUUCUACUCGGACUGUCACAGUGAUUCGCAAGCGGUGGUCACCAGUCCACUCUCAGACUCGAACCUGACUAUAAUCGGUCCUAGACUGAUCAUUGCUUGGCCCGCUGGCAACAGCGGAAUUUGCACCUUCUUCCAGCCUCAGAAUGGCCCCAAUGGAUCGCUGGCCAUAGAGCUCGUCAAUUCCACUGUUGGAUCCCCAUUGGGUCCGGUCUACAGAACGUCUCAGGGCUCGGCAGUUCCAUUUGUUGGUGUCCAGGGAGUCAUCUCGUUCAACACCUCCGCCACCUUGACUAUUUCAAUUUUGGGCAGUAUAAGGACCAUUCGAGACUUCACAGAAGGCCCGAGUCUUCUUCGUCCGGUCAUUCAGGAUGCCAUCAAAGUCACAAAGUCGAAUGGCACUGGGGUGACAUUCUCGCGACUCUGGCUAGACAAUGUCACCACUACCACUUUCACCAUGGUACCAUACGAAAACCUAAGCUCCAAUAUCACAAUCAACCAGCGGAGCAAGACCAUCAGCUUUGGGGCAGGAUUCUAUCUGUUCUCCGCGAGCUUCAAUUAUCCACAACUAACGCAGCUUCCACAAAGCCGAGUCCUGAACGCCGCAUCGCAAAGUCUGAUCACCCAACAGCCGGAUCAAACCACAUCACUUUCGUUUCUCUCCUACACUGAGAAAUUGCUCGCAGGAGCGUGGAGGUUUCUCACCUACUUCGGCCGUGAUAGCAUGAUCAGUGCAUUGCUUCUGGAACCGGUGUUGAGCCAAGGUAAUGGUUCGGCGACAGAAGCCGUGAUUGGGGCGGUUCUUGAACGUCUCAAUCGGAGCGACGGAUCCGUGUGUCACGAAGAGACCAUAGGUGAUUAUGCAACCUACCUGAACUUGCAGGACAACAUCACAAGCACUGCACCAGGUUUUACCUACCCUAUGAUCGAUACAGACUAUUACCUCCCGGUCCUCAUGGCACAAUACUUUAACAGCAGCCCUUCUCGCAUCAGUCCUCUCUUGAGCCGGAAGGCUGGCUCGAUCGAUGUACAGAAUCGCAACCUGACAUAUCGGGACUUGGCGCUCAUUAAUGCAGAGAAAAUCAUGAAUGUCACUGCUGCAUUCGCCCAGAACCAGACCUCGGCCAAUCUUGUCCACCUCAAGUCUGACCAGAUUGUCGGACAAUGGCGGGAUUCUACCUAUGGACUUGGAGGAGGUCGGAUUCCCUUUGACGUCAACACGGCUCUGGUACCUGCAGCCCUGCGAGCCAUAGGUCGAUUAGCGCGUACACCAGGUGUCUUCCCAAACAAUACAAGUGUCAAUACCACCUCAUGGCGCACAUUGGCCGACUCGCGGGCACAAAUUUGGGAAGAAAACACACUCCAGUUCUUCGAGACAAACAUCACGGCGUCGAUCGCCCGUUCUCGCCUCGGUCAGUUCGUGGAUUCAGCUACAUUCUACAACGGACCGACCAACGCCUCGUCGCUACCAUCCUCAGGCAACGUCACGACCUAUUCGAUCGCCUUGAAUGGCUACGACAACUUGUCGUCGGUAAACGUGCAGCACAGCGACAGCAGCUUCCGCGUGUUCUUCGUGAACUCUUCGUCUUCCACCCCCGAAGCCGAAGCGCAGGAAACGCGGUUCAUCAACGCCACAGCAAACAGUUUGAUCCGACCGUUUCCGGCAGGGCUGAUGACACCAAAGAGCAUGAUUGUGGCGAACCCAGCACUUUCAGGCUCAGACGUACUAAUUGCAAACUUCACCAACGCUGCUUACCACGGGUGCGUCAUAUGGUCAUUUCAACUCUCCAUGAUGGCGAAGGGUCUAGAAAGACAGCUUGCGAGGUGCAAUACCAGCACCUCCACGAAUUCGACCUCAACUGCGCCAGCCUGGUGCAGCAUAUCCUCGGUGUACAACAACGUCAUCCGCGCAUACAAUAUGCUCUGGGACAGCAUUGAAGCCAACUCUGCGCAGCUACAGGGCGAAGUGUGGAGCUGGACGUUCAACAACAGUACGGGCAGCUUCGUCACGACGCCGCUGGGUGUGUUGCCACCUCCGCCGGGAGUUGGUGCCGGAACGGAAAGCGACAUUCGACAACUCUGGAGUUUGACCUUUUUGGCCGUGAAGAGAAAUGAGAACUUGCGAUAA